AUGGAGAGACUGACACCUUGGGAGCCACCUGGCCAUCCUCAUCAGGGGGAGGCCUUCGCCUGCUGGCGACUCACCGUGAGGGUCCUGGAGGCUCGGGGCCUGGGCUGGGCUGACAUGUUGAGCGAGGCAGACCCCUAUGUGGUCCUACAGCUGCCAACCGUACCUGGAAUAAAGUUGAAGACCAAAACAGUCACCAACUCCAGCCAUCCUGUAUGGAAUGAGACCUUCAGUUUCCUAAUCCAGAGUCAGGUUAAGAAUGUUCUGGAGCUGAGUGUCUACGAUGAGGACUCAGUCACGGAGGAUGAUGCCUGCUUCAAGUUUCUCUAUGACAUCUCAGAAGUCGUCCCUGGCGAGCUGCUCCGGAAGUCCUUCUCCCUGCGCCCGCAGGGACAGGAGGAACUGGAUGUGGAGUUCCUGAUGGAAAAAAUGACAGGCCGCCCAGAGAACCUCAUCACCAACAACGUCCUUGUGGCUCGAGAGCUGUCAUGCCUGGAUAUCCGCUUGGAGAGCACGGGGAGCGCAGCCGAGGACUCAGACCAGGACAACCUGGAGCUGGAGCUGGUGCUGACGGGGUCAUAUGAAGACACGCAGACAUCGGCCCUGGGCACAGCCUCAGCCUUCCGCUUUCACUACAUGGCAGCUCAAGAGGCAGAGCUGAGAGGGCGCCUGAGGAGCUCCAAAAGCAAAGACUGGAACUCAGACAUCUCAGCAGGGUACCUCACUAUGCCUCUGAAGUCCUUGACUAUGGGGAAGGAGAUGAUCAUUGAUGUUCCUGCUACAAAUGCCCCAGGAGUGAGGCUACAGCUCAAGGCUGAGGGCUGCCCUAAGGAGCUGGCCGUGCGCUUGGGCUUCGACCUAUGUGUGGAGGAGAAAGCUUUCCUGAGCAGAAGGAAGCAGGUGGUGGCCAAAGCCCUGAAGAAGGCCUUGCAGUUGGACAGAGACCUACAGGAAGAUGAGGUCCCCAUCGUGGGGAUCAUGGCCACAGGAGGAGGUGUCCGGGCCAUGACCUCUCUCUAUGGCCACUUGUUGGCUCUGAAAAAGCUGGGACUCCUGGACUGUGUGACGUACUUCAGCGGCAUCUCGGGAGCUACAUGGACAAUGGCCCAACUAUAUGGGGACCCUGAGUGGUCACAGAAGGACCUCGAGGGGCCCAUCCGAUAUGCCCGGGAACACCUGGCCCAGAGCAAGCUGGAAGCCUUCUCCUCGGAACGACUGGCAAGCUACUUCCAGGAGCUGGAGCUGCGAACGGAGGAGGGGCGCCCCACCACCUUUGUGGACCUGUGGGCUCUCGUGCUGGAGUCCAUGCUGCACAACCAGGUGAUGGAUCAGAAGCUGUCAGGACAGAGAGCUGCACUGACGCAGGGCCAGAACCCUCUGCCCCUCUACUUGAGCCUCAAUGUCAAAGAGAACGACCUGGAGACUUUCGACUUCAAGGAGUGGGUUGAGUUCUCCCCCUAUGAGGUCGGAUUCCUGAAGUAUGGAGCCUUUGUCCCGUCUGAGCUCUUCGGCUCCGAGUUCUUUAUGGGGCAGCUGAUGAGGAGGCUCCCCGAGUCCCGGAUCUGCUUCCUGGAAGGUAUCUGGAGCAACAUUUUCUCCCUGAAUUUGCUGGAUGUCUGGUAUGACCUCACCAGCUCUGGUGAUGCCUGGAAGCAACACAUCGAGGACAGGAUCAGGAGCCUGGAGGAGCCCCCUGCCUCCUUGCGGACCUCCUCAUGGCUGGAGGCCAUGUGGCUGCAGCCCGGAACAGCACUGGCCCAAGCAUUUAAGGGCUUCCUGACAGGCAGGCCGCUCUGCCAGCACAGCUCCAACUUCCUCCAGGGCCUGCAGCUGCACCAGGACUACCGCAACCAGAAAGAGUUCUCUACCUGGGCAGAUAGCCAGCUAGACUCCACCCCUGGCCAGCUGACCCCGCAGGAGCCCCAGCUCUGCCUGGUGGAUGCCGGCUACUUCGUCAACACCAGCUCUCCCUCUAUGUUCCGGCCAGGCCGCCGGCUGGACCUCAUACUCUCCUUCGACUACUCCCCGUCCUCGCCUUUUGAGACGCUGCAGCAGACUGAGGCGUACUGCCGAGGCCUGGGGCUGCCGUUCCCCCGCGUGGAGCCCAGCCCACAGGACCAGCGCCAGCCCAAGGAGUGCCAUCUCUUCUCGGACCCCACCUGCCCCGAGGCCCCUGUCCUGCUGCACUUCCCAUUGGUCAAUGCCUCUUUCAAGGACCACUCAGCCCCAGGUAUCCAGCGCAGCCCUGCGGAGCUACCGGCCGGCCGGGUGGAUCUCACUGGGGCCACCUCACCCUACUCCCUGUUCAACAUGACCUACAAGGAGGAAGACUUUGACCGCCUGCUGCAACUCAGCGAUUACAAUGUGCAGAGCAGCCAGGGUACCAUCCUGCAGGCACUGAAAAUGGUUCUGAAGCGCCAGACCCUGGGGGCCAGGCUGCCAGGGGCACAGUCUUGAGGCUGCCCAAGACACCUUUGUCUUCCAAAGCAGCUGCCACAUUUUACACUCCUGUCAGCAUUGAGUGAGGGUUCCAGUUUUUCCACAUCUUUGCCAUACUUAUUAUUGUCUGUGUUUUUCAUUAUAAUGCUCCUAAUGGGUAUGAAGUGGGGUCUGCUAUGCAUUUCUCCAAUGACUAAUGAUGUUAGGAAUCUUUUCAGCCCUGACUGGUGUGCCUCAGUUGGUUGGGCAUUGUCUCAUGCACCCAAGAGUUGUCGAUUCAAUUCCCGAUCAGGGCAUUUGCCAGGGUUAUGGGCUCGAUGCAGCAGGCAGCAGAUCUUUUCACAUAUUAUUGGUCUUUUAUAUAUCUUUGUGGAGAGUGGCUACAGCAUUUGGACAUGUUCAAGCCUCAGACUAAUGAGAGGGCACAAUCCUUUAGUGGCAAAGCCACGUGCAGGUCCCAGCUCGGAGGGCAAAGCCCUCCCAGCACAAUUAUAGCCAGAGGCUGUGGUUGUAAGCUUGACCUUAUGCUCCGAACCUGUGGUCCCAGGUGGCUGAGUGAUAUAGGCUGCAGGAGGUGCAGCAAGUGCUGCCAAGACAAAGCUUGAUAGAGUUCAGGUGCAUGUAACUAAGUGGAUUCGAAACUCAUGAGAACAUUGUAAACAUGUUGACCAUGCUCUUGCAUUGCCUCCUGGGAUCUGACUAUAAAAUAAAGACUUGGCUUGCAGGCUGUGUCACUGUCUCUCCAUCUGAGAACAGUGUCCCACCUGGUCCCAGCUUUAUUCUCUUGUCUGUUUUCUUUAAUCCUUCACUGCCCCCCUCAGGUUCACCACUGGCCGUGCUGAGCGCGGUUCAAUCUUCAUUAGAGAAAUGACUAUUCGAAUCUUUUGCCUACUCUAAUUGGAGUAUUUGUCUUUUUAUUGUUGAGUUGUAGGAGUUCUUUUUCUAUUCUACAUAGAAAUCCCUGAUCCAAUGUAUGAUUUGCAGUUCUUCUCCCUGACUGUGGGUUGUCUUUUUACUUUUUUUUUUUUUUUUUACUGAUUUCAGAGAGGAAGGGAGCGGGAGAUAGAGAUAGGAACAUCAAUGAGGAGAGAGAAUCAUCAAUAGGCUGCCUCCUGCAUGCCCCCCACUGGGGAUCGAGCCCACAACCUGGGCAUGUGCCCUGACUGGGAAUCGAACCAUGACCUCUUGAUUCAUAGGUCGAUGCUCAACCACUGAGCCACGCUGGCCAGGCUUUUUACUUUGUUGAUGAUGUCCUUUGAAGCACAGUUUUUUAUUUUGA